AAACGUAAGUUUGCUGUUUCCCUUUAAAAUGUCUUGUGAUGUGUCCAGAAGCCUGCCCCUUUGGUGGUUUGAUCCCUCCCGCGCCAUACAACACACAAGCCGGGUCUAUGGCAGAAGUAUGGAUCCCAAGAACUUUCACAGUAAUCUCGAAACUGAUGAACUGUUGACAUCCCUUGUUGUGGCCUCUGCUGGGACUUUUAAAUGCAUCACCUCUUGCACACUGGAAGACUUUCACUAGGAUAUACCUACCAGACAGUCCGGCACAAGUGUUGCUCUAGCUUUUCCAAGAUGAUGCGAGCGGUGUGUGUGGAUGUACCCGGAGGACCAGAGAAUCUGCUGCUCAGAACUGUCCCUCGACCCGAGCCUAAGGAUGGAGAAGUCCUGAUUAAAGUUCAUGCAACUGCCCUCAACAGAGCUGACCUGCUGCAGCGGCGAGGACUGUACCCUCCUCCUCCAGGUGAGAGUGACAUCAUUGGCCUGGAGGUUGCUGGUACAGUGGAUACUCUGGGUCCUGGGGUUAAAAGAGUCUGGAGGCCGGAUGACAGGGUCAUGGCCUUGCUCUGUGGAGGAGGAUAUGCAGAAUAUGUGUCAGUGCCGGAGGAGCUUCUUCUGCCUGUUCCCUCUGAUCUCCCACUCUGCCAGGCUGCUGCGAUCCCUGAGGCCUGGCUCACUGCUUUUCAGCUUCUGGUAUUCAUCGCUCAGGUGAAGGAAGGCGAGGUGGUGUUGGUUCAUGCUGGAGCCAGCGGAGUGGGAACAGCUGCCGUUCAGCUGGUCCGUCUGCUCGGUGCUGUGCCCGUCGUUACUGCAGGGAGCCCAGAAAAACUGAAGAUAGCUGAGGAACUUGGAGCAGCAGCUGGAUUUAACUACAAAGAAGGGGGAUUUGCACAGAGGGUGCAAGACUUUACAGGAGGCAAGGGAGCAAACGUCAUCCUGGACUGCAUCGGUGGGUCAAACUGGGAGCAAAAUGUGAGCUCCUUGGCUAUGGACGGCAGGUGGGUGCUGUACGGCACCAUGGGAGGCCGGACAGUAGAGGGAGAUCUGCUGGGCAAACUGCUCUCCAAGAGAGGCCACUUACUCUGCAGCCUCCUCCGCUCUCGCAGUCUUCAGUACAAAGCAGAGCUUGUUCAGGCCUUCUCGAGCAGAGCGUUACCAUAUUUCUCAGAGAAGCCAGUCUCUCUAAAGCCAGUGAUUGACAGCACAUUCACCCUGGAGGACAUUGCAGAAGCUCACAGGCACAUGGAGGCCAACAAGAACAUGGGGAAGAUUGUUGUGAAUGUGGUUCCACAGAAUCAGGAAACUUUGUCAUGAACAGCUGCAGUUACGUUAAUGUUAAGGAUUUUAAGCAUAUGAGUGUUUUGUGAAAUGAUGUCCUUUUAAAGCUUGAUUAAUCAGAAGUUCUUUCUACUUACAAAACAAUUUUGAAUAUGCUUUAUCCAUCAAUCUCCCAGGGGUGAUUUUUGCAUGUAAUGUAAAAGACCAAAUAAAGUUUACCAUUGGGGUAGCCUGAAUAUUC